GCUCAGAAAAAUUUGUCAGUUCAAAAGUCAGUUACUAUUUCAAAAUAAUUAACUCUUACAAAAUUGUUCAAAAUUUAUUUUAAUUUUAUCGCUUUGUCCAAAAUAUGUCGAAAACAAAUGAAACUUGUAUAAAUGGUGACAUCGCGCUGGAGAAAGAAGAAUCACUUAUCGAUAUUAGUAGCAGUUCUCUGGAGGCUCAGCCAAAUUUAAGCACUUCGGAAUUGGAGACAAUUGUGAGAAACGCCGUUAAACAGAUUCCAACACCUCCAAACUAUGUCGACGUAACUGUGAAUAGCAUUGCAAAUGCUAUUCUGCCCAAAAUAUUAAACAAAUAUGAUACGAUCGAAAUGAAGGUUGAGAAUAUCCAAAAAUCCCUGGACACUUAUAGUCGGCAAGCGGAAGCAGUGGAUCAAGACAUAGCUGAAAUAUUUUUGGAUUUGCACACUAUUUAUAAUAGGAUCGAAAAACUCGAUAAAAGUGGCAGUAAGUUAUGCAGCGCGAAAAAGGCAAUUUUAUUAAGACAUGUUAAGAAGUCUGAAGACUUACUGAACCAGUCGCGCCAUUAUCUCACAAACGAUCCCAAAGAGUUGAGUGCCCAUCUUGUUGGUCCACCAACGGAAGUCCCAUCGAUUCAAAAGGAGCACACAGCAAACUCGGACGGCAGGACGACAGGAAGUAUCUAAACCAUCAAACAUCAAAAUGGGAUAAGCGUGUCUUUCUUAGCAACAUGGUAAUGAUAUUCACCUCAAUCGGUACAAAAAAUACUUCAUGGACGCAAAGCGGAUAUUAAAUUUGGACUGCAACUAAAAAAAAUUUAUUAAAUUGUCAACUAUUUAUAACAAAUAUCUGUUUGAACAUUUUAUAAAAUGCCAUUAAAAGUACUGUGUUAGAUAACCUGACUUAACUGGG